CCCACUAUAAAACCACUUCGGAUUCUCUUAACUUCAUACAACUUUUACACCACACAAUUUUUCAUCAUUUGAUACGCAUAUUGAGCGUAAUAAUCAAGCAAAACAUCAAUCUCCAUGGCUGAAGAACCUGUUUCUGAAGUAAUCAAUAACGAUCAAAAUGUGUUACAGAAACACGUUGAGUUCUUUGAUCGUAACAACGACGGUGUGAUUUACCCUUGGGAAACCUUUCAAGGGUUUCGAGCGAUCGGGUGUGGUAUCCUGUUAUCUUCAUUUGCUGCAGUGUUCAUCAAUGUUGGUCUUAGCGGCAAAACUCGUCCUGGAAAAAGGUAUCCUAAUUUACUAUUCCCGAUCCACAUUGCAAACAUUAAAAUGGCCAAACAUGGUAGUGACUCCGGUGUCUAUGAUGCUCAUGGAAGGUUUGUUCCUUCCAAGUUUGAGGAGAUAUUUCACAAAUAUGCACGGAUAAAUUCAGAGGCCUUGACAGCAGACGAACUGGAUGAGUUUCUCAAAGGAAACCAAGAACCCAAAGAUUACGGAGGAUGGAUUGGAGGACUCUCAGAAUGGAAAAUAUUGUAUUAUCUUGCUAAGGACAAAACAGGGUUAUUGAAAAAGGAUACCAUUAAAGCGGUUUAUGAUGGAAGCUUGUUUGAAAAAAUGGCAGCCGAAACGACCAAGAAGAAACAUAAAUAAACACUAGCAGUAGCAUAUCUUGAAGAUGGUACAUUAGACUUCACCAAAUUCCUUAAAUACCAUGGUUGUGUGAUUUCAUUAAUGGGUUUAAGUAUUUGUUCACCGCUUGUCCGGAAGCUUCCAUAUUGAUCCAGGCGUGACAAAAAUUCAACCGCUAUAAAUGUUCUAAGUGACAACUUGUAUUUUUAAGAGGUGGGACUCGGAUCAGGAGGGGUGUUUCUUAUUUUCCCGUAUACACCUCCAAAAUACUUUUACAUCUUGGUCGUUUCCUAUAAAAAUGUUUAAUUAUAAAGGUA